AUAUUGAAAAAGGAGAAAAUAUUGAAGAAAAAACUAUUGAAGACUGUUAUAUGGAAAGCCUUGAGACGGAAAAAUGCGUAGACAGUAAAGUGGCUGCUGAAGCAUUGAAGUGGAUUUCCGAUGUGGAAAGUUUCUAUAAUAAUUCUUCCCAAAUACCAUCAAAGGUUGCCAGCGAAAAUGUCGAUAUAAGACACAAAGAUCAAGAAUCUCAGACUGAAGUAUGCCAAAGAAAAGAUGAUGACUGCUCACUAGUAUUUUCGGUCAUGAUACCAGUAAGCAUUUUAUUGCGAUCUAAUCUCAGUGGAGGUCUUAGCGAAGUAUUUGGUAAAGCCAAUGGACACAUACAACCUACCCUCAGAAACUGGACGCUUCAUACAACAGAUUACCAACAACCCUAGAAACGUCUGUGAUCUGGAUGGGUCGAAGUCUUUUUCGUGUUUCUUGAACGGGAUCUAGCACGUCUCAUGAAAUAUUUCGACGCACAUAGUUCAUCCAGUAAGGUUCUGAAGGACCAAGUAAACUUGAUGAAAGAAGAGAAUACCCAACUGUCGAAAGAAUUAAUGGAUGCACAA